AUGGUGAACUUUUACACCAAACCCCUUCAUGAAAACUCCCCAUGGCUAAUGCUUCCGAGCCAGUACCAACCUGAAGAACAUCACAUUAUCACCAAACACUCCAGAUUCUUCCUCAACGUCUCCACCAACCAAGUCCACCGUUUCGAGCUACCCAAAAACGAUCAUGAAAAGACCGUAUGUGGAUUCUCGGCCGAUUGGCUCAUCUUGUUGGAUGGCCAAAACUCAUCACUCACUCUCCUCAACCCAUUCACCGGCCACCAAGUCAACAAUCUCCCACAGCUCCCUCCAAACGGCGCCGUCCACAAGGCCAUAUUGUCCUCAGACCCGUUAUGCAACCCUAGAGACUACAAAGUCCUGGCAAUCUUCGGAGAGAAGCGAAACCUAAUUUGUUACGAAGACGGUAACCAGGAGUGGACUGUUUUACAAGGUUAUGGGAACCAGUACGACGACGUUCUUGCAUCCACAGACAAGGAGUUGCUUGCAGUGAAUGAACUAGGGAGGCUUGUACUUUGUGAUCUUGAUUGUAGGUUUUCACUGGAAUAUAAUGAGCGUGCAUUACCUUCAUUCUUUAACGGGAACAAGGUUUAUUUAGUGAGCCUAGAAGGACUGGAAUUUAUACUGUUAAGCUUUUCGGGGACAAGCUAUGUUUUUGGGCAUCAAAGCUAUGACGAUAACCUUAGAAGGUUUGAGGUUUACUAUUAUGUUGAAAAGAAGUGGCACUACAUCACAGAUUUGGGUGAGAGGACGAUUUUCUUGGGACAUAACCACUCGGUAGCUGUUUGUGAUGCGCCAGGUUAUAGACGUAAUUGCAUCUACUUCACCGGUGAUGAGGAAGGUGAAAUUGAUAACUCGGGAGUGUUUAGUUUGAAAGAUGGGGAAGCUGAAAGGCUGCAAUGGUUUAUGCCUGGUACUACUGCUGCAAGGAAACUUGUAAUAUACAAUAAGUAA